AUGUCUGAGCCCAACGCGGCCGCGGGCAAGUCCGAUGGCAAGGCCGCAGGGGAAGCGACGGCUCCAGCGGUAACGACAACGACGACCACGACGACGACCACGACCACGACGACACCAGCAGCAGCUGACGCCGAGUCGCUGUCCAACUACCUCACCCACCCGAGCCUCAACCGCGAACAGGCACGAACAGCUGCCGCUCCAGCUCCAGACGCAGCUCAGCCCGGCAACCGGCUGUACAUCGGCAACCUACACCCAUCGGUUGACGAGUAUGUCCUGAUCCAGACCUUCAGCAAGUACGGCAAGAUUGCCAAGCUCGACUUUCUCUUCCACAAGGCGGGCCCGAUGAAGGGCAAGCCGAGGGGAUACGCGUUCCUCGAGUACUCGAAGAAGGAGGAGGCCGCCCAGGCCGUCAUCGAGACCAACAACCGCACGCUCAGGGGCAAGCCGCUGUCGGUCUCGUUUGCCAACCAGGCCCAGUACACGGAUUCGAAGCAGUUCACUGGCGGCGUCGGGCCGCACCGUCGGAGAGACGCCGACGUGACCAAGACGACGACGCUGAGCCUCGUCAAGAAUGCAAGCCUGCCAGAGGGGACCAACGCCAAGAUCUCUGCCAUGGAGGCCAAGCUGGCCCAACUUCGGCAGGCGCGCUCCAAGGGCGGCACGGCCUCCGGCUCACCCUCGCCUGCUCCCGACGGCAAGGGACUGGCGUCGCUGCCACCCAGACCAGCAGCGUCGGGCAGCAAUCGAGGCGGCAGCAGCGGCGGCAGCGGCGGCAACGGCGGCGACUCGAGGAGGCGGCUCUGA